AUGAAGAAUAAUAGCUAUCGUCCGUAUUUUGCUGCGCCAGACUCCUCCUCGACCAGGUCUGCCUCUUCCUCGAUUGCACCUACUUCUAUUGGGGCACCUGCCAUUGCUGCACAGAUGACAACUAAUGUUGACAUUAGUGACUCAAAACUUUGGCCUGAUUUUGUAACUAAAGCUUUCAUUGACAUUAUGGUUGAUGAAGUUACAAAAGGAAAUAUGCCAAAUGGUGUGUUUCAUAAUAGAACAUGGACCUCAAUGACUACUAAGUUGAGUUCCAUAACUAAUCGAUCAUUUAAAGCCGGACAACUAAAGGCAAAAAUGCAUAGAUUGCGGGCCAUGUAUCGUGAGUUCUAUUCACUCUUGCAAAAUACCGGAUUUGGGUGGAACGCAGAAACAAACACAGUUACUGCAAGUGAAGAGGUCUGGAGAAAUUAUCUUAAGGUACAUGAUAAAGCUUCUCAAUUUCAAAAGAAAGGGUGUGAUCAUUAUAAGUUGUUGGAAAUCAUAUUCAACAAAAAUAAUGCAACUGGAGUACUUCAUCAUUCAUCUACUAAAGACCCUCCAAAUACAGAUGAAGAAAAUGAGUUUGACAAUCAAUACCUUAACAAUGGGAGUGCGAGUCAUGUACGUGUUAAUGGUGAUAGUUCAGACGAUGAUCUACAUGAAGUUGAGCACAUCACACGUAGUGGAAAGAGAUAA